CUCUUCCUCUCAGAGUGCCUGCUUCUUCCCUUCCUCAUUGGGAAGGCCGGGCGCGGAGGGCGGCGCAGCAUGGUGGGCGCGGGAGGAUGUCGGCGUGGGCGUGCGACGGGCGCCCUGCGCGGCGGACGCAGUGGCUGGUGAGCGCGCUGGCCUCGCACUUCGGCCUGGGCGGAGGAAGCAGCGGCAGCGGCGGCAGCGGCGUGGAGAACGAGGUGGUGGUGCUGGCCACGGGCCUGGACCAGUACCUGCAGGAGGUCUUCCACCACCUGGACGGAGAAGGGCAGGGGCGGCUGCCCCGCGAGGACUUCCGCGCCCUCUGCCGGGUCCUGGGCCUCCGGGAUGGAGGCGACGACGAGGAGGAGGAAGAAGGAGAGGAGGAGGAGGAGGGCCGGGGCCUCUGCCGCCGCCUUCCCCCGGAGCUGACCUUCCGCCAGUUCCACUCGCGGCUCUGCGGCUACUUCGGCGCCAAAGCCCCCGGGGGAGGGCGGGUGGCGCGGCUGCCCGUGGGCGCCGAGACGGAGCACAUCGAGACCCAGAUCCGGCUCCGGAGCCCCUUCCGACGGCGGAAGAAGGAGGACGAGCGGGGGGCUUCCAAGGCCAAGGCGCCCCCCUCUUCCUCCUCCUCCUCCUCCUCGUCGCCCUCUUCCCCGCCGCGGAGGGGCUCCUGCUCGAGGGAGUGCUACGAGGAGAUCGUGGCCCUGGAGCAGGCCGAGGACCGCAUCCUCAAGCUGGAGGAGGAGAACGGCAGCCUCCGGGAGCUGGUCGAGGACAUGCGCGCCGCCCUCCAGAGCAGCGACGCCCGAGCACUCGCCCUCCAGGUGGGAUUAUGGAAGACCCAUGCUAGCCAUAAGAAAAAUGGGACGUGUUUUAUAGGCAACCGGAGGGAAUUAACUAACCUCCAGUCCCAGACUUCCAAGUGCCUUCAGAGUGUUCUAAAAGAGGUUGAACUACUCCGGAGUUCCAGGGAUGAACAAAUUGAAGAAGCUAUUAAGUUUAAUCAAGAACUGGAAAAGGAACUGAGGAGUUCUCACGAAGCUGUUGUUGCCCUGGAAGACUGCAACCGAGCCCUAAAGAGGGAGCAAGCAGAAAUGAGGAAGAAGGUUGAAGAAGCAAGACAUGCCGUCCUUAACAGUCUUGAAAAAGUAAAAGAGCUAGAAGAUAAAGCCCAUAAAGUGCCACAGUUGCAGACAUAUAUCCAGCAGCUAGAAUCAGAGCUACAAUAUUAUAGGUUGGAGGCCUUAAAGCUCCAGGUUCCAUCACGGGGAAGCCCAGAGAAGAAAACAAGUGCAGCAAUUGAUGGACAAUAUGCAUUGUCAGUCGUACAGCAAAAUCGAAGUUCACCAACUGGUGGCGCAGGAAUGUCAGAGAAUGUGGAAGACCAGAUGUUUCGUUCUGUGGAAGGUCAGGCUGCAUCGGAUGAAGAGGAAGAGAAAUGGACAGGGAACCAAGAGUGUCAACUUGCCGAAGUGAAGAAACUCCUAGCCAGACUUCCCUGUUGCAAUAAUGGAUGUGAUGACACAGUGAUGAAGAGGCUGAUACAUCACUUUGAGAACACCAGCAAGGAAGGCCAUGAGAACAUCAUUGUGGAACUAGUCAAGCAGUUGUCAGUGUUAACAGAAGAGCUUGAAAUGAAAGGGCAAGAAGUAAAAAUACUGGAAACAAAUGCGGAGAAGGAAAACCACGUAUCUUUGAAGUCUUAGAUGCUGUCUAUCAUGAGCCGACUACCUGUGACUCACUGAAAGUUAUCCUCUUGAAAACAUCUGCAGGACCUCAAUCUUUGGCUAACCUUUGGUUGUUUUCUGUUGAUCAACAGUGCCUUCUACAGUGCAUUAUCACAAUUACAGCUAAGUGCCUAUAAGGUUCAGCACAAAAAGUAAAGAUGCCCUGUAAGCUGGAAGUAGACAGGUUUAAAAGCUGACACAGUGAAAGCUGCUGAAAAAUGAUGAGGACCCAUUUUAUAUCACAUAAGAUGAAUCAAGUCCACAGUGAAGCCCAUUACUGAUUGUUCCUAUUGGCGACACAGCUUGAAAUCAUCUAGAAUCAGAGCUGCAGGUCUUCCUCAUCCCUGCUUCAGGAGCCCUACUCCAUGGACGAUGCUUGGAAUUCAAACUUGACAUUGUCAGCACACUAAUUCUGAAUCCUGAAAUCACAUGCAUAUUCUAAGCAAAACCCAGAAUAUCAGUCACCUCCCAUGAGAAUUAUUUAAUAAGUGAUAUGCAAGGCCUCCAUUUUAUUGGUACCAGGUACCAAUCCUUUCUAUGAAAAAUAUUUUGCAACUAAUCCUGUAGAACAUUGUGUCCCUGAUUGAAGUUGGAGAUAUUAAUUUGCAUUUUUCUGAUUAUUUGUUUCAAUAUAGUAGCUUGUUUUCCCUUGAGAAUCCAACUGGUAGGCAAAAAUGUGCUUUUGAUAUACAAAUGAAAAACAUGAAUGUAUAGUAAAAUAUACUGAGGUUAAUUAUACUUCAAGCCCACAGGAUGUACUUUAUUCUUUACUUGAAAUCCAAAAUCCAACCACUGAAGUCAGGUGUGAAAUAGUAUAUAGAGGGGAGAUCAGACAUAUAAAAUUAAGGGACAAGGGUGUCUUCCUUUUCAGUAAGUAAAUGAGUUUAUAAAUCCCCCUGAUUUUAUUCCCUAUUACAGGAUGGGAGGAUGGCCUUGUUGUUGUGAUGGUUUAACAUCAAGAGAAGUCCUUGCUGAGCUAUUUCAGACAUCUGUCAGUAGAUCCCAAUCUACCUUUUGCUGAAACCCAUACCUCACAAACUAAGGUACUCCAAAUACGCAGUGUUCAAGAUAACAGCGUGUGACUGACAGACAGCUCAACAUAAUUAUUGGGGCCACCAUACUGGGGCCUGCCAGAGCCAAUGCUGUGGGCAGGGCUUGCUCUACAGCAGGAGUCAAAAUUGUGUGGCUCUCCAGACACAAUUCCAAAAAUUCCUCACCACUAGCUAGAGCUUUGAGAAGCUGUCAUCCAUCCAUUCCUGGAAAGUGACACAAUUUCCUUUGUUGUUCCAACAUAUCAGAAAGAUAGCAUUCUAAAACUUAGAAGAGUGGUGGAAUAAAGAGAAAAGAAAUGUUAGCUGAAUGCCUUACAACAUGUGGCUCUCCAGGUGUUUGGGACCCAACUCCCAGAAGUCCUAGCCAGCAUAUCCAGUAGUCAGGAAUUGUGAGAGCUGUCGUUCAGAACACCUGGAGGGCCACAAGUUAUGUAGACCUACCUUAAAGAAUACCUUAUAGCCAUCAAAAGUUCUUCCCAUAAGACCAUGGAGUCCUUCAGUAGUUGUACUUUCUUAAAGCAAUUGUUAAGUUUCACUACCUAAAAUUGUGUGUGUUACAGAUGUUUGUGUGGUAUAUGUAUGUGCUAUUGCUGUGUACCUUCAAGUCAUUCUGACAUAUCGGCCCUAAGACGACCCUUUCAUGGGAUUUUCUGGGGUUGGGUGUGUGUGUGACAUGCCCAAAGUUAUCCAGUGGGUUUCUAUGGCCAAGCUGGUACCAGAAUUCUGGUCUCGAGUCACAGCCCAACCCUCAAACCACUGUGCUUACUGGUUCUUUAUAUGUAUGUGUGCUUGUUAUUUAACUCUAGAAUUAUGUUCACAUUUCUGUCCAAUUGAAGAUCUUAUUUAAAAACAUAGUUAUUCUCCAAAUGUACUUAAGUUUCAUAGUAACUUCUAACUGCUGUCUUAAAUUACCAUAUAUUUCAGAUUGCUAUAUUAAUUUGUUCAAACCUUGAAAAGUUGCUUUUUAAAAGUAAUUCUUUACCAAGAUUAUAACUAACUUGUUGCAUUAUUCAUUGUUUUUCUAUUAGCCUUUGCUACUUUUUAAAAAAAUAGAGUACUGAAAAUUGAGUGGUAUAAAGUUUGACAAUAUCUGUCAAAAUGCCCUUUAAAAGUAUAUUUAAGAAGUAUUACAAAAACAUUGUGCAACACACCAAUAAAGUAAGACUCCCACUCACA